AUGAAUUUCUUCCUUUUCAUUAUAGGUUUCACCUCCGAAGAAAACAUCGGCAUGAUACCUCGAGUCAAUAUCACAGUAGCUGUCAAAGAUCCGGACAUUGAUUCUCCUUCAGAUCCUGGAGGAUCAGAAAUAACCCCUGCAACCCGGCCAGAUGUGAUGGAAUGGGUCCUUCCAGCGUCGGACACUUGGACGUCUCCUGGUCAGCUAACUUUAGCAGUGCUUAUCGUCUUUCUGCUGUCAACUUCUAUAAUUUGCAGCAACGCGUUGCUUCUAGUAGCUGUAUAUCGCUUCAAGCGAUUGAGGAAUCCAAGCAAUUAUUUCGUAGCAUCACUAGCAUCAGCCGAUUUUGGAUUGGGAUUACUUUUACCCCCAGGACUGUAUUUCGAAUUCACAAGAUCUCACGUCAGAUGUAUAGUGCUUUGUCUUCUUCCAUACUGCCUCUUCAUCUUGUUGUGUUCCGUCGCUUUAUUAAGCAUAACAGCCGUAGCUGUGGAUCGAUGCACAUCUCUAGCAUCACCUUUGAAAUACAACAAUAUCAUAACCCACGGAUCUGUUGUGAGAUAUAUUGCUUUGUUCUGGAUAUACUCGCUUUUGCUCUCUUCCUUUCCCUUGCUGUACUGGUUUUCUGCAAAAGGAUCAUCUAUUACGCAUAACUGCUCUUUUAUAACCGUUGUUCUCUGGCCUUCACGAGUUUUCCUAUUCACUGUGCUGUUUGUUCCAUGUACUUUGCUUGUGAUCAGUAGUUAUGGGUAUGUAUAUGCAGUAGCCCGUUCUCAUGCGCGGGCUAUAUUUUCAGCUGAAUUGUCCUUUCGACAGCAUCCUUUAUCCGGACCUAAGUAUGGAAGGACUUUAGCAGGUACAGUAGGACUAUUUUGUCUUCUGUGGAUGCCCUUCCAAGUCGUUGCAUUCACAGACUCACUCAAUGAGAAGACAGUUUUCUACCUCGGUCUUUUGGCAAUAGCGAGUGCGGCGACUGAUCCUUGGAUGUACGGUUACAGAAGUGCGGAAUUUAGAAUCGCUUCUAUAAGAAUCUUGGAAACUACAUUUCCCCAGCUCAGUGGUGCUCUGCACAAACCUCAAGUGAGACGUGCCAGUAUGAUAAGCUGUCCGUCACAUGCGCGCUUAGGGUUAACACCGAAUCAUGUAACUCACACAGCUGACACGAUGUGCGCUACAUUUAUUGAAAUACCCAUCAUCGCGCGACCUCUGGAGGAAGUUGCUGCCGCCCAAGUUUAAACAGUCUGUGAUAUAUUAAAAAUUAACAAAGAUGUUCCUCCAUAUGUUUCACACAGA